AAAGGAGGCGACGGAUAAGAAGAAGAAAGAGAAGGAGGAGGAGGAGGAGGAGAACGAAGAAGUCGCCACGAAAUCAAACGUGUGCACCACGACGAGGAGCAGCGGACUGGUAAGAACUAGUUUCGUCAAGGUCUGGUACAGAAUUCGUGCUUUGAAUAAUAUCACCACCAUCGGUCCCGUCGGCUAUUUGAUCAUUCACGACGUAAAACCCGCACACCUUCCGAUCUCCUGCACCCAUGAUACCGGCUACGAUGAACACGCUAAAGCUCGACUUGGAAAGGAAGAAAAAAUCCGAGGAGCGAUCCUUCCUCAGUUCCUACGACUCUCUAUCGUCGUCGUCGUCGUCGUCGCCGCCGUCGUCGUCGUCGUCGUCGUCAUCGGAAGACGAACAGCUCGCAGGCGACGAAGAAAACGAACGCACGCGGCAAAAAGGAGGCGAGGAAAGUGACGGAAGGAGGCCAAUGGCGGAGCAAGAGAGAAAAGUUUCCGAUGGAAACAACGGGGAGCUUCUGCUGCCUUGGAAAGUCGAGGUUCGGGACGAGAUUCAACCGCGAACACUGAUCGAAGAAAUAUCGGAAUCUAAACAACAAUAUACUACUGAUGAUGUAGGAAGAAAAUCGCACGAGGAACAAAUUUUGAAUAAUUGUAAAAAUAUACACGAUCCACGAUCCAGCGAUUGUAUGCUCGAUAGGAAAACUGCUGAUUAUAGAAAAGUAAUAUUGAAAUCACAGAUGGAAAAGGAAAAGACGGCGGAUCCAGAAAAAUCGAUCAAUGACAAUAAUGAAACAAAUGAUCAUAAAAACGAGAGAAUAUCUACCUGUUCAGUAUCGUGUGACACGUCGGAUUUAAAACAGACAUUAGAAGAAGAUAAGUUCGCAAAUACAGUCAUCAACAUGAGAGACGAUACAUCGAGUAAAAAUAACAAGAGCUAUCACAGAAAAAGCAAAGAAUAUCCGUUCGGUUCUAAACUUAGCAGUAUCCGAGAAGAGAUGAGAGAAUUCUGCGACAGUAUGGAUAGGUUUGUUGACGAAAACAGGAUAGUGUUCAAGAACGGCGAGGUGGAAGGAUUCUGGGGCGAGAGAAAGAUGGUGGAUGAGAAUUUGCAAACUGAUUUUGUUGAUGAUAGGAAGAUUCAAGAAACCGGGAUCAAGGUUUCCGCGAGCGAGGAAGAUAAACUGCGAUGGUGGAGUAUCAAGGAAAGAAAACUGAAGGUCAAGGAGACUCUAAAGAAACGAGAGGACGAAGCAGAGAAAAACAAAGUAGAGGUAGAAGAUACCGAAAAAUUCGAUUGCUGUUCAUCGCAAGAUAGAAAACAGCCGAUUGAUACUACGAAUAAUUUUCAAGAUAUCUAUGACAUGGUGACACUGAAGACUUAUCCAUCGAGUGUCCUUCCGGAUUCGACAGAAGUAUAUUCCAUAAAAGAUGCGGAAAAUUAUGACUGCGAGAAACCUAUAAAAAGACAAGAACAAUCGGGUGGAGUGUUCAGCAGUCUCUUUGCUGAAUUGAGAAAUCGGGACUGUGUACAAAAAAUACACAAGCCGAAAGUUUCAGCCGAAUUAAUGGUUCUAGAAGAAAGAUCGGAUUACGAAAAAACAGCCAUCGAUACGAAGAAUAAGAGUGUCUCUACCCUCAUCAAUAUGGAAGGUCUUGUUGAUUGCAAUGAACAACAUUUAAAUGAAACUAUUGCAGAGGAGGAUAAUUCUUCUCCGAAAAUCGAAAUUUUGGAAGACAAAGUUAAUCAUUUUUCGGUUGAAUCUUACGAAGGGAAGAGAAACAUUGAUGAAUCCGACGACGAUUCCUUUAAGACAGCAACGUCCAUUCAAGAAGAUUUACAAGUUUCGGAAGGCAAUUAUGAACCAUCAGAAGUUUUAAUUAAUAUGGAAAAUAAUUGUAACAAAAUCACCGAUUCAAUUAAAGUAGAUAACCAAUGGAAGGAAAUAAUUUUAAAUAAGGAACAUAACGACGUGAUUUGUGAGGAUGAGAAAAUCAAUAAUAAAUCAGAAAAAUGUGAUACAAUCGAGAUAUCAAAGCAAGAAUUUUCAACUGAGCAAUCUAAUUCCCAAAGGAAAUCGCUCGUUCGAACGAUGGAUCGUUUUUCCUUAGAAAGAACAAGUCACUCUUCAAAACUGACAGGUAAAAGAAUUCGCGAGGCGGAAGAUAUCGAGGUUAGCAACAAGAAAUCUUUCCUGAUCGAGGAAAUAAAUCCCGGAAAGAAACCGGAGGAACGCAAAUCUCGUAACCAAAUUUCUGAGAGAUGCAGACAGCAUCUGAUACAAGAAACGAAGAAAUUCGCGAGGAAAGUAUCGCCGUUGAUCGACAAAUGCAUAACAAAUCUGAUAAAAGAGACGGAAGAUGCAGGCGAAAAAUUGCAAUGUCAUAAAUAUUAUAAUCCAAGUCUCGAAGAGCACUUGCCAUUCGGUUGCGUUUCGAAGAUGAAUCUUAGUAAACUCGCGGGCAAUUUUGGUGACAAUUGUGACAAUAAAUCUAACGAUAUGACAAAUGUAUAUCCCGAAAAACAAGAAUUACUGACGGAACAAACGAUCAAUUCGCAAUCCGCCGUGUCAGCUAGUCAUUCUGAUAUUCAGUCGCUUGCCAAUCUUUUACGACAAUCCGAGGACUGUAAGUCGGAGUCACCGGCAAUGAAUGCCAAUGUAUCAUUUUACAAAGAAUUUUGCGAUCAUCUACAUGAAUUAGAGAGCAGAAAGAAAUUAUUGAUCAAGCCAGAUUUUGUAAUGGACAAUCAAGAAUCGAAGGAAAUAUUACCUGAUAAUAAAUUACUAAAGAAACCGCUGAUUGAGGUGAUUUCUAAAUGUUCUACAACGUCCGAAGAACAAACUUGCGAGCAAAAAGGAAUUGAAGAACAAUCACAUACCAAUUCACAAACUAUUUCCCAACAAACAGAUGCUGUCUUCAAAAAAUCCGAAGAGACGGUUGAGAUAUCUGAUGAUUUUGAAAACUGUAUUAAUCAAGAAAGCGCAGUUAAUUCGAAAGAAGAAAUCAAGAUUGUAACAUUAUGUACAGCAGUAAACACAGAAUGCAAGGAAGAACGUGUAUUGCCGAACGAGGAACGCAAAACCGUCACGACAAAUAUGAAAAAGAGUAUAGAGAUGCAAGUUGCACAGGACAAUUAUAAUAGAAUUAAUUAAAGUUUUACUAUAUUAUUGUUAAAUAAACAAAUGCAGUUAAUGCACUUGAUCGAGGACAAAUAUUAAAACUAGGAACGAACUUUACUUUUUAGUAAGUUUUCGCAUGAUUGAAGAAUCUGUUAUAACAGAUAUAACGUUCAUUAGUUUAAGUUCAUAGAAUGUUCAAUAUUUCUCUUGCUUUUCUCUCUGAAAUAAAUAUGUUACUUUC